GGUGACAGAUCUACGACUUAGUCCUCAGGGAACAUCCUGUCAUACUGUAGGGCCAAAGCAGGGAAUUUCUCCCAAAGUAGGGAAUUUCUUAGAGUCAGACUCCUCCACCACUGGAUGCUUUUCCUCAUCGAGAGAGGACCAUCCCAGCAUUCGGAUGCAUUUGUCACCGGAUACUAUGAACACGGUGGACGACAGCUGCCUCUCACCCGGAAAUUUCCACGAGACGAUGACAGGAGGGAUGGCGAUUGGCACUCAUGUCCACGGCGUCGAUGUCAUCCUUGGCUUUGCCAAGGAGCAGGUCCCGUUACUCCAUUCUGGAGCCAGCACUGGGUCCCACAUAGGUGGGGCGGAAAGUCUCGCGGAGCCAGAAAACCAGGAUUCCCCGGCACACUCCUGCGGACCCCAGGUUCAGAGGGACUGCCCAGAGCAAGCUGCUUGCUAUGAAUCCGAAAUAUUCACCAAUAAGCGUGAGGCUGACCUAGAGGAGGCACGGAAUUCAGCUGCGGGUGAUGCGAAGUCUCCGGAACAGGCAGACGAGGAGCAGCCAAAAAAGAAGCACCGGAGGAACCGCACAACCUUCACCACGUACCAGCUGCAUGAGCUCGAGUGCGCCUUCGAGAAGUCCCACUACCCUGACGUCUACAGCCGUGAAGAGCUCGCCAUCAAGGUCAGCCUGCCCGAGGUCCGAGUACAGGUCUGGUUCCAGAACCGUCGGGCCAAAUGGAGGCGUCAGGAGAAGAUGAAUGCCAGCGUGGUGAAGCUCCACGAAGAUCCAGUGCUCUCCUUCUACCACCCACCCAUGCAAACCAAUGCGGGCCUCACGGCUAACUUGCUGCCCCUGGACCCUUGGCUGACAUCUCCACUGAGUAGCACCACACCUGUGCAUGGCAUUAUGGGGCCCUCUCAGGGCCUGCAGGUGGGAUACCCCACCUACAGCUUCCUCAACCCCCCCGUGUCCAGCAGCCUGGGCGUGCAGCCAGUGGCCCCGCUACCCUACCAGUGCCCCACAGCCUUCGCGGGUAAAUACCUGCUGGAGGUUGCAAACAGCAUCUCCACUCUGAUGAAAGCCAAGGAGUGUGUCCAGUCCGUGGACAAAACGUGGCAGCCCAUGGGGCGGUAGGAAUAUAUGGACCAGAACCAACCAGAGCUCUGGGCUUUGAGCGUGUUGGGAUUUGAGUCAGUAAUAAUACCUUACUGUCCCCAGUCUUUGUUCUCAUGGUGGGAGAUCAGGGUCAGCACUGUAAAAGGUGGGAAGUACAUGAGGAAAGUAAAUACCAUGUUUAUUUAUUUUUCAGCUGGACUAAAAAAAACUCUUGACUCCUCCUUUGAAGCAGUUAUAUUUAUGAGCACCAGGAAAUACCCCAAUAGUGGUUGACAAAUGACUGGAAAUUUGAGGGGGGGGAAAAAAAGUGGUUGUUUAUUUCUGUUUGUAAUAGAUUACAUGGCAAUGUAAUUCUCAAUUAAUCUGUUUUUCUUCACCACAUCAUCAGAUACACAACAACAGUUUAAGAUAGCAGGAUUUGUGUCAGCCUACAGGUUUUUGACAUCUGGUCAGUGUUUUAGGCUUAACUGACUUGAAGUGAAACACAAAACCUAAAUAAAAAUUAAAGGGCUGAAUUGUGCACACUGCAGCCAGGCCAUAAGCUCGUUGCUUUCUGGAACAUUCAGUCUGAUGCAUACCAGGCAGAAUGCUAAGCUCUCAACGUCCUGAAAAAAACCCCUGAAACUGAAUCACGAGAGUGCCUCAAAGCCAGGCUGGUUAGAUCAUGUUCAGUUCUUUUUUUUCCCCCGUUUUUUUCCAGACUGUCAACACUGAUGUUGCAAUUUUUUCUCCAAAAAUACCUCAGGUUAUUACUCUGUUUAAGCAUACUAACUUUUAAGAACUUGAUAUUACUGGUAAGCAUUUCACUGCGCUAUUCACAGAAACCAUAAACAUUUGCAAAAACAAAGGUGUGUAUGACCUAACCGAAUGUGACGUGAUGUGUGAGGCUUGCUGUGUGACUUCAGUCAGGCUGAGCACCUCUAAACACCCACGCCACCUUCUGAUGGGUGUCUUUGUACAGCUCUGUAGAGGCGCAAGAACAUAAAAAGGUUAUAAUCAAGACAACAGCAUGAAAUGACAAAGGUCUUUUCUGAACAACCAGGCUAAUACGUCUGAGCACAGCUUGAGCGUAAGAGGCGAUGCAAAGCUGGGGCUAUGGGAACUAGGUGUGGGGCAAAAGGCCUAUGUGCCUCAGUGCCCUUCAGUGGGAGGAGCUGUAGGUAGGCCACGCCCUGAGGGGGAAGGAGGCAGACCACUGGGUCACCCUGCUGCUCCGCCCACCACAUAAAGAUGCACCUGUCUAAUCCCAUCCUCUUUGUUUCAGCCUUUUUAUGUAGUUGAGAGAAUAAGUUAGACUUUCAACUACUGAACAAUAAAGCUGACAGAAAUGUCAACAUUGCACGAUGUGUUUAUGAAUGGCGUUUUAUGUCAAGAUGCAUAGGCGUAAGCCGCAUUGAGAAUAGUUGUCUAAACGCAUCGUUUCUCAUUGUCCCAUAUUUCGUGUCAAAUUUUAUUUACUCAUAAUCGGAUUUCUCCUAUGGAUUUUGAAAAAUGGCAGACAUUAAAUUUAUUUCAUUCUAUUCAACAUGAGGAUCAAUUGUUACAAGGUAAUCACACAUAUUUCCAGUAACACAGAAGUGUAAUUUGUCUGGAAAGGAAGCCUGCAGAGCCAGCCUUGUAUACCUUCUGUGAAGGGUUUUAGUUUGAGGAACAACUGAAGAAAACAAACAGGCUCUUUUUGAGUAAAUGCUGAUGCUUCCUUUAAGUAAUUACAGGGGUGAAACUGAGUGCUGUUUACAGAACUCUGGUAUAAAAAGAUUUGCAUGCUUUAAUUUAGAUUUAAUUUAAUUUAAUUUUGUCUUUUUUCUAAUCUAGAUUUCAAUCCCAAAUAUGAAGGAUAUGAGAGACUUUCCUGUUCGGACAUAUUUUUGUUAUUUUGUAGAGAGAAUUCAGGGUUUUUUUACACUAAAUAAUUUUGUUAUUCUAGCGCUUUGGUCACCUUGACCCACAUCUUUCACUUUUGUUGUUCAAAGCUCUUAAAUGAGGCUUAAAUGUAGGUUCACAGGAUGAGUCCAUGAGAUUUGAUAAAUGGGAGCAAGAGAUGUAUAAAGAAUAAGCCAAAGUUUAUAACAUUAAAAUAUGCAUUAGUUUUGUUACUUAACCAUUUGUAUGCAGUUUUAACAUUUCCUCUGAUUCUGAAUUGAAUUUUUGAUACCCAUACCCAAAUGUGUCUUUAAAAUAAAUCUAGCUUGACAUAGCUUGCUUCUGUAUUCUUGCUCUUGGUCUCAUGUCUCUGUGUUGAGUUGACUGUGGCACACACAGGUCUGCUGAAAGGAUCGGCGAGUCGCUUCAUGUGCUCUCUCCUCUCUGUUCAAGCCGGUGGCAGGCGGCCAGCCCGUUAGGGAGAUGAAAGUCCAAUCAAUCAGGCCUCCCUGGGUGCGGCGUCAGUGGCCCGAAGGCCCAGUUUGCCCUAAUUACCCCACAGACAUCACUGCUUCAGCACAUGCUCUGGCUGCGUUUAGCUUAUAACGUUUGGUGGCAGCAGACAGAUGGGAGACCUCGAGGACCUCUCACAAAGACCAUAUGGGGAAAGGGUCCAGCCCAUAGUGGCCAUGACGGGUGACAACUGUCCAAAUACGGAGAUCAUAAUGUAGUUUCCUGUGGUUUAAAGGCACACAAGUCAUACCUGGACAUUAGUCAAAGCUAUUGUGUAAUGGAGGACUGUUUUAUUUAAAACACUAAACAUAAGCACUGUUUCCUUUCUACCGGUGCCACCGAACAUAACCCACUGCUUCCCCAUACACUAGUCAGAGUUCCUCUACUGUGGGUAAACUUUCCUAUGGUGAGGAAGGAAGUAUUAAUGGCUGCGGUAAGAGGAGAGGGUGCUCUUCAGGUAUAUUGAUGGAGAAAAUCCCCCAAUUAGAGCAUUUUCCCCAGGACAGGAUGGGGGAUUGUGAGGAUUAGAGCCUAGAACUGGACCCAGCAGCUGCUGCCCAUGACAGCCUUGAUGGGGCAGAGGGUGUAAGCAUGCGUUCAGCCACGCUGGCACAAGAGGAACCAUGCUAAUGAGCAGUGAAUGUUUUUGGACUGAAUGUUUUUGUUGAGCAGACUGUCUGAAACUGGUCAAAUGAUUAUUUUGCAGCAGAUGAUUCGAGUAGGUUAUAUGUCUUCUCUAAUAUUAGAGAAGUCAAUGGUUGGCUCAACCUAUUUUAGGGGCAUCAGUGAUUAAAACAAGGCUGCUCCCAUAACAGAAAGCAUAUUAAGAUAGUUUGAUGGAUUAUGAAACAAAACUGAGACCCAGAGUCAAGAUAGCCACGCUGCAUAAACUGUAAACCAGUAAGAUUAGAUCGGUAGUACGAUUAUUGUCGCUAAACACCGCGCCCUUUCAUCAACCUGCAUCGCCACGAAGGCCUUCCGAAGGGCCAAACUCCUGCGCGGAUUCAAACAACCGAACAUGGACCAUAAACGCAAAUUUAUCCAGACAGUCACGAUUAUUUUGAGCAGGCUGCUGUAGAAAGAAAAAAAAAAGGGGGGGAGGGGGGUCGAUUUAAAAUAAAAAGCGCUCUUGGAAAGAAGGAAUGCGUUCGAUGGUCUACAGGACAAGUUUAAGCAUUCAUUCACCUCAGCAAGGUCCUUAACCCUCAAUUGCUCAAGUCGUACUCAGUCGUAAUUGUAAAUCGGAUAAAAUCGUCAGCCAAAUGUCGUAAAUGUUAUUCACACCCCCCGUGACACCAACUUGUCUUCUACACAAGCACCGGCAUAUCGAAGCUGGGAAAAGUCUCUACGCUACGAUCAUAGAUUAGGAGGAUGCCCCCACAGACUGCUUAUAUUCAUUAAGAACAAUUAAAUCUCCAGCGACUCUAAUUAAUGGCGCAAUCUAUCACCUGGUUCCCCCUUUCGCUCCGCUGUGAGGAUAAUAUGGGAAGAAAGCGGAAUUAAUUGAAUGCGGUUGACGGGGCUUUUCAACUGCACAUCGCUUUUGCGCAUGGCGGAACUGGAGGUCUGGGAGGCAAACGGGAACAUAGGUGGUGCAAGUUUGUGGCCUGGCGCCAGC